UAGAUUCAGUAGCUGUUCCUGAAGAGGAAUCAGACAGUCCACCUUUGUUAGUUGGACUUGGGAGACACAGGCCGACAUCACUCAAGAUAAAUGUUCUAGAUGACCCAAAGAUCAUCCAGAAUAAACCCAUAGCUGGUUAUGCAGCUGGCUCCAUCAAUUCCAUAGCAGGCCUGCCAAAUGGUCAUUAUGUCAUGAAUGUGAAAGAUGAAAUUGAGAAAAUUGAAAAGGCCCUACUGUUUGAUAAUCAAUGGAAUAUGAAGAAGACACUGGUGCCAGAAAAUGUUAGCUGUGUGGCUUCUACAAAAGACACAAUUGCGGUGUCAAGUACCGCAAAUGAAUUUGGCGUGAGGUUAUUUGACACAAGAGGGAGUAAAAUCAGAGACAUAAAAUUAUUCACAAUCAAAAAACCUAUAGCGAUAGCAUUCAACAAACCACAAGAGCUGCUUAUAGCGGAUGAUGAGAAAAAAUUCAUAUCCCGUAUCAAUAUUACUUCAGGAAAAGUGAUAGAUACAACCCCCACUGAUAUGUUUAAAUCAUCAUACAGCAUAACAGUAACCAGUGAAAAUAAUAUACUAAUUGCGGACUGUGUAGGUGAGUCUGUUAAAUUUAUUAACACUAAGGGGGACUUGUUGUCUACCUACACUGGAAAAGGGGACCACACUCUGUUAUGUCCACUAAGCAUAUGUGUGGACAGUGUAGGACAAGUGAUCAUAGCUGACUAUUGGAAACACAACAUUCAGCUUCUCUCACCUCAAGGGGAGUAUAAGAAAACUCUGCUGAGUGGCAAAGAUGGCCUAAGGAACCCAACUGCUGUGGUUUUAAACAACAAGGGGGAACUGGUCAUAGGUUGCUCCAAACCUGCCCAGAUGUAUGUUCUUAAAUACAUGGCAUAGGAACAAAUUCAGAACUGACUUUUGCAUGUGCAUGAAUCAAGUUUUAUUGACUUGGACUCAUAUGCCCAUAAGGCAUAAACUUACAAAAGUUGAACCAAAUCUAUCAAUUGGUAUUUGAGUUAUUGCCCUGACACACUAAUGAACAGACAGACAGUUUCUCUAUAUCCCUAUCGGACUUCGUUCAGUGGGAUAACAAGAUUUAUACCUUAACCUUUGAACUGUCUAGGGCUGUCAAUAAUUACUGACUUAGAAGUAGUGAGUUGGACCUGGCAUUGGGCAAUAUAAUCUUAAGAAUUGUGAAUAAAAAAACACAUUUGAAACAAAAAUAUUUACCACACUAACCAGUACUUUAGUGAAGAGAGUGGUUGAAUAUUACAAAUGGAGCAUUUAUUAUCUUUUUAAGUGGAGUGGUACUCCUAUCACUGUAUAAAGAUUAUCUUGAAUAAACAUUAUAUAAAGAAUUUAUGAUGAUGAAAUAUUCUAUGUCAUCAUAAAUAAUCUAUAACUCGUUGCAGGAUUUACAAUUGAUAUUGAAAUUAUAACCUUUAAAUAAAAGUAGACCCAACUGAAAGAAUAAGCCUCUUUAUCUAUAAGAACAACUGGAAUUUACUUCAAAAAUGAAAUAAAUCUCAAAUGAAUACACUUGUACUCGCUUGGGAAGCAG